AAAUAGAAGGACUUUGUUUUCCUUUCAGUCUCCACUACCUUCUUAUCAACACUUCAAACAUCUCCAUAUUCCAUUCCCAUUUUCUUCCUCUAUCUCUUUUUUCUCAGAUCCGUUGCUUUUUCUCUCAGCUUCCGCCACUGCGUCCAAACACGUCCUUCUCUCACUCUCAAAGUAAGCUCUUUCGAUUCAUAUAUGUUUAAUUCCCUUUAACUCCUUUCUGUUAUUAUUUUUAUUAUGUGCAAAAUUCAAUUAUGUUUGUAUUGAUUUGAGUGGUGAGGAAGGGAUUGAGAUAGUAUCCAUGUGUGUAUGAAUGAAGUGAAAUCUCGGUUGUGGAGGUGGAGGCUUCUCCAAUUUGUCUUUAUUCAUCGUUAUCUACCGCAACUACCAGUCUACUACAUCUUCGAUUCUUUGUUUUCUUUGUACUCGUCGGAGAAAUCGAAUUACUGAAAAAAUAGUAUAAUAAUAGUAAUGAAUGAAUAUUAAAUUAUUUUCUUUGUGACCUUUUUUUAAAAAAAUUAAGAGAGAGAGAUAUUUUUGUGUGUGCAAUGGCAUAUGCAACUACCACGUUUUUGUGAGGUACGACGCGUGGAGAUAGCUGUACCUCAGGCACAGCCAGUUGUCCACGAUAUUCAGGAACAGAGAUAAGAUAAAAAUUAAAAUUGUCAAAAUCUAUGCCUAUUUAUUUAUUUAUUUAUCUAUUCAUUUUUGGUUUUAAAUUUGUCCGCGCGCUACUCAUGGUCAUUACUCAUGCGGUUCUUCUAGUUUCUUCGUUCGACGGUCCCAUUUUACUGUUUGUCUCAGUAUUUUCGCUUUGGGCCGGUCGUGUUAAAGUGCAGGCCCACAUAGGUGGGGCCCAAUUGGUGAUGUUGUGGGGGAAAAUUGCAGCAUUCAUAUCCUAGAACUAUCAUAUUAAAUAUUUUGUUGUCAUCUUUUUAAGCUAUCUUCAGGCGUUACGCUAACUAGUUAUUCAUCUUUUGAAUACUGAUUUUCUUCUUUUCACUUUCCUUUUUUUAGGUUCAUUGUUAAUACCAGAGUUUCACCAGCUAGCUAGCACUUGCUGUCGCAAAUGGCAGCUUCUGGGGUUCGUAUUACCAAGCAAAUGAGGAGGUUGGAAUCAAGAAAGUCUCACUCUUGGUGGUGGGAUAGUCACAUCAGUCCCAAGAAUUCUAAGUGGCUUUCAGAAAAUCUUGAAGAGAUGGACCGGGAUGUGAAACGAAUGCUGAAGCUGAUAGAAGAGGAUGCAGAUUCAUUUGCCAAAAAAGCUGAAAUGUAUUAUCAGAAAAGGCCAGAAUUGGUUGCUCUGGUUGAGGAGUUCUACCGUCGUUACCGGGCUCUGGCUGAACGUUAUGAUCACGUGACAGGAGAAUUGAGGAAGAAUAUACCAUCAGAUCUCCAAUCUCAAGGUUCAGACGCUGGCUCUGAACCAUCCUCCGCUGGGCCCUCUCCAACUCCGAAAAGGGGGGGCCGUCACAAAUCCAGUAACCGAGCUGCCGGGUUUGAUUUCUUUCUUGGCUCUGGUGGAAAUGGUUCUGAUGUAUGCCAAAAGGAUGGAGAUGAGUCUUCUUCUUUGACAGAUUCUGAGGAGGAAUCUGAUGAUUCGUCAGUUAACAAUUAUUCAGGUUUCUUAGGGAAUGGCAGUGAUCUGGGGAUGAACAGAAGAAUAAUGGAGUUGGAAACUGAGCUCCGUGAGGUAAAAGAAAAGCUAUGGAUGCAAGAAGAGGAACAUGCAGAGGUCUCAUCUAGGGGGACAAGAAAUGAGAAUACUGAAGAUGUUUAUAACAAAAUUAAUUCAUAUGAUCAAGAACUGACGAUUGUGAAUGAGAAGUUAAGACUUUCAGAAGAAGAAAUUACUAAACUGAAGAUUGAACUUCAAAAAUACAGAUCCUUGGAUUCAGAAAAUUUAGAGGCUGGUUUUGAGCUAUCAUCAACUGAAGAACACAUCAAGACAGGAGCGGAAGCCUUGGAACUCAAUGCGUCAGAGGUUCAAGAAAGCAUUGAUAGCGUGGAUAAAGAAUUGUAUGAGCAAAAUGGCAAGAUUGAGUCACCUGGGAGGGAGCUAAUGAUUACCAAAGAAAAUCUUAAAGCUUCAGAAGCACAAAUUGCUUCACUGAAAUUUGAGGCCAGUAAAUCAUCUGAAAGAAUACAGCAGCUGCAGGAUCAACUUGACUUGGCUCGGAAAGACAUUACAACUUGGAAAAACAAAUUCAACAGUGAAAAAAGGGAGAGCACCAAACUCCAAGAAAGACUAGCAAGGUUAAAGACUAGUCUAUUAGACCGUGAUCAUGAGAUCAGGGAUUUGAAAACAGCAGUAUCUGAUGCCGAGCAAAAAAUCUUCCCAGAGAAAGCUCAGAUGAAGUCUGAAAUGUCUAAGGUGUUGGAGGAACGGAUUCAUUUAGAAGAGCAGGUCAGAGACUGGGAAUCUCGUGGCCGAUUGUUUGAAGAGGAGAUCAGAAAGAUCCAGUCUGAAAAAAUAGAGAUGGAGGAGGCACUCAAGGGUGAGAUUCAGCUAUUAAAAGCAGAAAUUGAGCAGAGAGAGAACAACAUAAAAGAUCUCAACAUAAGUCUUGAUACUUUAAAACUAGAGAGAGAUAAUCUUCAUGUAGAAGUUGGUUCACUCAAGGAAGAAGUGAACUCCAGAGGUGGUAAAAUUGAACACUUGAACUCCCAUUUGAACCAGCUGCACAUGGAACAUGUACAACUGAUUGCUGGAAUGGAAGAGGCACAUAGACAAGUGGAAGAACUAAAAUCAAAAACUAAGCAACUCGAAGAAGAAGUUAAGAGACAAAAAACUGAGAUUUUAGAAGGAGCAGAAGAGAAACGUGAGGUCAUAAGGCAGCUAUGUUUCUCACUCGACCACUAUAGAAAUAGCUAUAACAUGCUUCGGCAGCAUUUUACAGGACACAAACGGGUUCCUGUUUUGGCUGCCUAAUUAAUAAAUAUGAAUGUGAUCUUGUAUAUUUUUAUGACUAUCUUCAUUUCUCUUUCUGGGAUCUUGUAUGGUUAUGAUGUAUAUGAGUCAAGGUCACGAGUAAUAGUGCAGAGAAGUGAUGACCAUGUUUACAUGGUUUAAUUUAUAAUCUGGCUUGUUGCCUGUACUAUGCAUAUGUUGAUGCCAUUGUAAGUGUCAUCUGAUUGUGUAAGAAGCUGUGCAGGAGAACCCUUCCUUGAGGAGAGAUUGAAAAUUUGCUUAGCUUGGUCUAAUAUUUGUACACCCACACGUCUGGGUUGUGGAUGGUUGUGCAAUGUUUCUUUUAUGUUAUUGCAAGUUGGCUUUCUCUUACAGUGAAUAUAUAUUUUUCUUGGUGAAUGUGGCUUCAAUUUUUGUUUGGAUUAUGCUAGCUCUCUUUAACGGAAAGGGAAUCCUCCAUUAAAAUUU